AUGUUCAGGAAACCGAACCGCAACCUUCGGGUCCGGAGAGCAGAGUCCAGCGGGGAGGAGGAGGAGGAAGGGGACCGGAGCCAGGUGGAGAGGCCGAGGAGGCCUGUCGGACGAGGACUGAGCUGCGGGACUAAGAAGAGGAAAGAGGAGGAGGCGGAUAUAGAGAAGAGGAAAACCGAGGACCCAGCGGACACCUCGACUGGGACUGGCGGCCUGCUCAGCUUCACCGAGGAGAGGGAGGGUGAAGGGGUGGCCUUUAGGAUCAAGAAACCAAGUGUCAAUGCUGUGGUGUUUAAAGUUCAGAAAAAGACAGAAAAUGUCGAUGUUCCCAGCAGGUCACCUGAUGAUAGUAGAAGAGGUUCAGAACAAGAGCACAGUGAACCUGAAGACCUGGAAUGUUACAAGGAAGAGUCACCAGGAUCUGCAAGCACUAGUACAUCUUCAUCUGCUUCUCCAUUGCAGGAAGGUGAAAUCCCAGACGCUAAGGAAAUCCGGGCAGCUCGAAGACAGCGAAAACUGGCACGGGCAAAAGGAGAUUUCAUAUCAUUACAUGUGCCUCAUGAACCUUCAGAUUCUAGCCAAUCAGAAAGCGACAAUGAGCUGGAUGAUCAUGAGAAAAGGAUCAAGUUUGCCCCUGGGGUGAAAAACUUAAAUGAGCGGAUAGCUGAAGAAAUGGCAUCAAGCAGUGACUCGGACAGUAAAAACCUGGAAGAUGAUGACGAGCAGGAUCGGUGGGAAGAGCAGCAGAUUAGAAAAGCUGUCAAAUAUCCACAGGCUAUGAGUGAACAUACCUUACGUGGAGAUAGUCCACCUCAAGUAAAAAGGCAUGUAGAGCCAAAGCUGGUGCCAAUCAAUAUGGAGGACAUAAAAAAGAAGCUGACAACAAGAAUAGCCUCCAUUCAAGAGGUGCAUCGAUCUCAUCUGCUUGACAGUGAAAAAUACACACAUGACCUGGAAAAUUCUAAAAAUGUUCUUGAAAAAUUGGAGAAGUCAUCAAGUGAACAGAGUUUCAAAUUUUUCAAAGAGAUGAAGAUUUAUGUGGAAAAUUUUGUUGAUUGUCUUAAUGAAAAGAUUCACCAAAUUAAUGAGCUAGAAGAAGAAAUGUUUCAGAUUUUGAAAAAUCGAGCCAGAACUCUACUGGAGCGUAGGCAAGAUAAUCUCCGCAACGAGUCGGUUGCAGUUCAGAAGCUUUCUGGAAAUGGAGUAACAAGCGAUGUGGACACAUCGGACGACAUGAUGGAAAAGCAGAUUCAGGAUUGUGAACUACGGAGAAGGAAGAGGCGGCGAAGGCGGGUGGAGUCUGGAGAGGAAGAUCACUUUGAAGGAAUGUCGAGUGAUGAUGAGCUGACGACAGACCUAGAGAACAACAUCCAGAGAAGUCGAGAAAACAUCUUGGUACAGUGCAAGACCAUAUUUGACGAUGUCCAUGAAGACUUCUGCCGAAUUAAGAAUGUACUGUGUAAAUUUCAUGAAUGGCGAGUGAGGUUUUCUGAAUCCUAUUAUGAUGCUUAUAUUAGCCUGUGUCUUCACAAAAUUCUAAAUCCAUUGGUACGUUUGCAGCUGAUUGGAUGGAAUCCUCUAGAGGAUGUCACAGAUCUGGACCAGAUGCCGUGGUACUGUGAUCUUGAAGAGUUUUGCUUCACCAAGGAAGAAAAUGAGAACAACAUAGAGGAAAAUGCAGAUCACAAAGUGCUAUCGGCAGUCAUUGAGAAAACUGUAGUUCCUAGAGUUUCUGGUUUUAUUGAGCAUGUGUGGGAUCCUUUGUCCUCACAGCAAACCGAAAGACUGGUGUGUUUCUGCAAGACACAUGUACUAGAGAAUGAGUCCAGCAAGACUGUGAAGGAUCUCAUCACUUGUCUGGUUUCAAGGCUAAAAAAGGCCAUUGAAGAUGAUGUUUAUAUUCCUCUUUAUCCUAAAAGAGUAUUAGAAGACAGAAACUCUCCACAUUCUAAGUUUCGAGAGAGACAGUUCUGGUCAGCUGUGAAAUUACUGGGCAACGUGACAUGUUGGGAUGGAUUUCUUGAGGAAGGAACUCUGCAGGAACUUUCUCUCGACAAGCUGCUGAACCGAUACCUCCUGCUAGUGCUGCUUAAUGCUGAGCCAAACAGUGAUGCAGUCACCAAGUGCAGCAAGAUCGUGGAGUGUCUUCCACAAAGCUGGUUUAAGGGCAUUGAAAGUGGAUCAUCUUUGACACGGCUUUCUAAUUUUAGUAAACACUUGGAACAGUGCAUCCAUGCUGUACACAAACAGAAUGACAGGGAAAGUAUGGAGAUACUGACAUCUUUAUUGAUGAAGAUAAAAGCUCAAAACUCUGCAGAGGAAGUUAUGGAGAAGUAUAGCAUAGCACUGAGAACGUGA